AUCCAACACGCGCUCUGCAUGGGUACGGACAACACAAAGGGGAGCAGUCUAGGUUCCGCACAUCGGUGUUCUUUUGUCGACGGGUGGAUUUAAACGUCGCAGAAUUUGGACGGUGAUCCAGUGUCCUUUUAAUAUCUAAUUUUUCAAAUACGGUGGCGAACAAUGCGCGGUAAAGCAGAGGUGGAUGUCGCGCUUCAGCCCGACUCAACCGUCGGUCCAGAAGCUAAGCAGAAGUCUUUCCCGUUUGUUAUAAAGAAGAUUAUGGACAUCCCUCCUCCAAACAUUCUGGAGGAAGGCGACGAUGAGCUGGAGAAGGAGAAACUGAGCUCAGCUGACAAUGUGCAGGGAGGCGGGGUUGCUGCAGCCAGCGUUGGUGGGGCUUCAAGGGGAAGCAGUGGGGGCAGCGCCGGAGGCGUGUCAGCCUCCUUGACCCCAGCCAUUUGGGAGAAGACCAUUCCUUACGAUGGAGAGACCUUUCAUCUGGAGUACAUGGACCUGGAUGAGUUCCUAUUGGAGAACGGGAUCCCUGCAAGUCUGGAGGAUGAGGAGCUGCAGAAAACGCUGACUCCGGCUGAAGGCAAAGGCAAAAGCGCCCUCAAGGUUACGGGGGCUCCCAGCGCCACGACAAUGUCUGCAUCCACGUCUCCUCCGCCUGCUCCCGACACCACGACGGUCGCCUCAGAGCCGGAGGAAGCGCUAACUGUCACCACGCUACUGCCCGCCAAAUUGGAAGAGGAUGAUGAGGAGGAGGAUGAUGAUGAUGACGAAGAUGAGGAUCAGGAUCAGGAAGAGGAAUCUUUGCCUCUGGAAGCAAAAGAAGAGGAAAAAGCUGUGGAAGUCAGCAAAAAGAAUCCUGGGAGUGGACAGCGUAACACGCCGUCUCCCGUCAACCCGGACGACAUCGAGGUGGAUGUCAACUUUCAGCCCGAUCCGACCGACCUGGUCCUUUCCAGUGUACCGGGGGGAGAGCUGUUCAACCCACGCAAACACAAGUUCUCUGACGAGGAGCUCAAGCCGCAGCCCAUGAUCAAGAAAGCCAAGAAAGUGUUUGUUCCCAACGAACAGAAGGAUGACAAAUAUUGGUCCAGGAGGAAGAAGAACAACCUGGCCGCCAAACGAUCCCGCGAUGCCCGGCGCCUCAAAGAGAACCAGAUUACGGUGCGUGCCUCCUUCCUGGAGCGGGAAAACGCAGCCCUUCGACAGCAAGUGGCCGAAAUGCGGAAAGACUGCGGUCGCUGCAAGAACAUAGUUGCCCGCUAUGAGGCCAAGUAUGGUCUGCUGUAAAGACCUGGUAAAAAAUAUAUAUAUAUCGAAUCAUCAAUCCGACAAAAGCAGAACUUCCUAACCCGCAGAAUUCAACACAGACACAAACACACAAGGGAAAUCCAAAUUUGCACUCUUGCUGACCUCCGGUCACUGUGUCGAGCUCCAGUCGCGGGUCCGAUCCUGGCGCCGGAGUGUCUGAUGCACACUUGGGGGGGCUAGACUGGCAGCGGUGGUCAUGGGAAGGAAGGUCUGUGGAGAGCGCCUGGCUCCUUCACCCAGAGGAAGGCGGCAACACUCCCAUAGAGAGAGACACACAGAAAAUACGGUUGGUCUCGAGAUGCUUUCGAGGAAGUCAGGAAAUAUGAAAAUGGCAAGCAGAUGAUACAGAGUCAAAAAAAUAUCGAUAUUUUUUUUUUCCUUAAAUCACUGCAUAGUACUUCCUUUAGCGGACCAAAGCAUGAGUGCCAUCAGUUGUGAAUUUACAACGGCGCCCCCUCGCCUUUCCUUGUGUCGCACGUAGAUUUUUGUCUCUUUAUUCCUUCCUAGAUGCUAAGACAGAAAAAGAAUAGAGUCCAAAUCAGGAUCUGGAAGGAAAGAAAGCGGAUAACCUCAGGUGGUGGAGGAAUGGCCGCGGAGAAUCUGUUUAGUUCUUUUGUCAAGUAACAUACACACACAACAUGUAUAGUCUUCUCCAAUGUGUAAUCCCUUGUUGCACUUUUUCUAAGAAGGCCCUUGUGGUUGAAGGUACCUUAUAAUCACUGUGGGAGAGACGGUAGCUUAAUUUUAAAGAAAAA